AUGCUGGUGCACACUUACUCCGCCAUGCCGCCUCAGGCAGCCGGUGGUAAGCAUAGGGCGGAGCAGACGCGGACUAAGGGACAGCCCCGCAUGGGAAGCUACAGCCGACUAGGUCCGUACGCACCCCUCACUGUCAUCCUCUUCUAUUUGCAGGCGAUAGAUGACCCGGGAAUGAGCCUCCUGGAUCAAUCCGUGAUCAAGAAAGUCCCCAUUCCCUCCAAAGCCAGCAGCCUAUCAGCCCUCUCACUGGCCAAAGACAGCCUGGUUGGCGGCAUCAGCAACCCCAGUGAGGUCUUCUGCUCCGUGCCUGGCCGGUUGUCGUUGCUCAGCUCAACGUCCAAGUACAAGGUGACAGUGGGGGAGGUGCAGCGGCGACUCUCACCCCCGGAGUGCCUCAACGCCUCCCUUCUGGGGGGUGUCCUCCGAAGGGCAAAGUCCAAGAAUGGGGGCCGGUGUCUGCGGGAACGUCUGGAGAAGAUUGGGCUCAACCUGCCAGCUGGCCGUCGGAAGGCAGCCAAUGUGACUCUGCUGACCUCACUGGUUGAAGGAGAAGCUGUGCAUCUGGCUCGGGACUUUGGCUAUGUUUGUGAGACUGAGUUUCCAGCCAAAGCAGCUGCUGAGUACCUAUGCCGACAGCACGCUGACCCUGGGGAACUGCACAGCCGAAAGAGCAUGCUGCUGGCUGCCAAGCAGAUCUGCAAGGAGUUUGCAGACAUGAUGGCUCAGGACCGCUCCCCGCUGGGCAACAGCCGCCCAGCACUCAUCCUGGAGCCUGGGGUCCAGAGCUGUCUAACACACUUCAGCCUCAUCACCCACGGCUUCGGUGGACCGGCCAUCUGUGCUGCCCUCACUGCCUUCCAGAACUACUUGCUAGAGUCACUCAAAGGACUGGACAAGAUGUUUCUAAGCAGUGCAGGGAGUGGGCAUGGAGAAACCAAGGCUUCAGAGAAGGACGCUAAGCAUCGGAAGUAACUGUCUUGUUCUGUAGCUAAGUGACUCCCAAUGCCGGAGAUGAGGUCUUGGCUACUGUGGUGGCCUUGCUGGGAUUCCAGUCAGGCCAGAGAGAACAUUUAUCCAGAAGCCCCUAGUGGACCAGGUUGGGUCAGAGAAGGAGGUUUCUGGUAAGUCUCCAACAGGAAACUGUCAUGGAAAAGUCUGGUUCAUGGGACAGAGCUCUUCCCACUGAGAUGCCUGGGCAGCAGUGGGUGCCCCAAGCCAGAGGUGCUACUGAGGAGUUAGUGACCUUCACUCCAGAAAUCUCCUAGCCCUAGAACAUGAGGGCUAGCAGGAGGUCCCAGUGGGCUCUUUGGAUCCUUCCUGCUCUUGGAGAAGAGUGGGCAGGAGAGGCCCCCGAGGAACAAAGAUGGUACAGCACAAAUCACAGAACUUGAACCCAGGCUGUACAUCACAGACUUGCUGCUGUCUGCCCUAUUUAUUUAUGUACAAUAUAAUUAAAUUUGAAAAUUUAA